UCACUUCCUCUUACGCUGUUCAACUGAGUUACAGUGGAGAUAACUUUCUACAUAUAUUAUGUAAAUAAACGAUUUAGUGGUUUGAGUUUUAAAUGUUGUAGUGGAUCAGACAGUGAGAGAUGUCUCUCUGCAGCUCAGUGAUGAAGACUCUGGUUUUCUUCACAUGUUCUCUUCAUCUUUCAUCAGCAGUCACACACUCGCUGCAAUAUUUCUACACUGCAGUUACACCUGGAAUAAAUUUCCCAGAAUUCACUGCUGUGGGUCAGGUGGAUGGAGGACAGUUUGUGUAUUAUGACAGUAAGAGGAGAGAAGUUACAAAGAUGGAGUGGAUACAUGCUGAUGAUCCAGAUCACUGGAACAGACUCACACAGAUUGGGAAUGAACAUCAGGAGUUCUACAAAGCCCAUGUAGCUACACUAAUGCAGCGCUUUAAUCAGACUGGAGGAGUUCACACAAUGCAGCAGAUGUUUGGCUGUGAGCUCCAUGAUGACAACACCACUAGAGGAUACAGACAGGACGGUUAUGAUGGAGAAGAUUUCCUCAUUUUUGAUCUGAAAACUUUCACAUGGAUCGCUCCAACACCUCAAGCUCUGAUCACCAAGAACAAGUGGGAUAAUGAUCCUGGCUUUAAUAAUGACUGGAAGAGCUUCCUGGAGUAUGAGUGUAUUGACUGGUUAAAGAUGUACAUGUCUUUCAGCAGAGAGACUCUGGAGAGGAAAGAUCCUCCUACAGCAUCAGUGAUCCAGAAACACUCGCCUUCUCCAGAGGUGGUGUGUCACGCUACAGGUUUCUUCCCCAAAGAGGUGAUGAUCUCCUGGAGGAAGGACGGAGAGGACGUGAACGAGGACGUGGAGCUCAGAGAGACGUUACCCAACCAGGAUGGAAGCUUCCAGAAGAGAAGCAUUCUGAAAGUCCCAGCUGAGGAUCUGCAGAAACACACCUACACCUGCGUGAUUCAGCACAGCAGCUUGAAGGAGGAGUUAGUGCUAGAAGUACCAAAAGGUGGAGGACUGAUGCCUAUCAUCGUUGGUGUUCUCGUGGCUCUCGUUGUUCUCGUUGCCGUUGUUGCUGGAAUUAUGGUCUGGAAGAGGAAGAACUCUGGCUUCAAACGUGCUCCAUCUUCUGAAUUAGAUUCUUCCUCUGACAAGUCUUAAAGUGUGACUGUGUGUCUUCCUGCUGAACUGAGAGAGUAAGACAUGAUGAAAAAUUUUAGGGGAAACCUUUUAAGUAAAAAUGGUCUGUGAUGGUGUCAUAGCAAGUCACUUUCCAUUCUUCCUCUGGGAUCUCUCUCUCUCUCUCUCUCUCUCUCUCUCUCUCUCUCUCUCUCUCUCACACACAGAAACACACACACACACACACACACAAACACUGAUUUACUCAAUAAAAACACUUUAAUUGUGUUUUAACCCUUGUACGGUGUUUAUCAAAAGAAAAAUGAUAUGAUUGAUUAUUUUUUCAAACUCAAACUCAUUGGCCUUGGGUCAUUUUCUGUGAAGAACAUAUAUCAGAACACAUUUUCAAUGACCACACACUGUACACUCCCCCUACACAUUUAUAUUACAUACAGGAUGUUCGGCUCCACUGGACCCUGGGCUAAUAAAAGUGUGGAAAUUGUAGGUCCUGUGUACCUAUCCUCCUCCUGUCUGGGCCAGCUGUUUCUAUGUUUGUGUGUGUGUGUGUGUGUGCCUAAUGUAACCAUGGAUGAGCAAUUGAUGCCAUUUUGGGGUCGUUGCCCCUGUUAGGCAGUAUAUACCAUCUAAAUCUGCAAAAAAUAUUGGAUUAAAUAUCUGGGCUGUGAUGCCACUUCCUCGUAUGCUUGGAACUGCAACAAGUCUACACAGGGAAACCUGAUGGAGAAGCCCUUGAGAAGAGCCAUGGAAUGAGAGUUGCCCUGGACAUGACUCAAGGACUCAGUGGACACAACAUCAUAUGCGACAAUUUUUUACUUCGCACAAAUUGGGACAGGAACUCCUAAAGAGGAAGCUGACCAUGGUGGGAACCAGGGGCGUUGCUAGGGCUAUUCAUUCGGGGCUCGAGCCCUGGAUGAUUUUAAUCUAGCCCCAAAUGUUUUAUCCCGAAUUUUGCCACUGGAGUAUAGAGGCAUUAAGUAAAUGUUGAUCGUUUUAGUUGAGCACUGUUGCCGUUUACUGUACGUGAUUUUGACUGACAUCUCUCUCAGCGUGCACACACACACACACACACACACACACACACAC